GUACAAUAAUGGCGUACGAAAUGAUGCUGUACCCGAAGGAAAAGACGCCCCAGACCGUGCCGGCCGGUAACUAUACGUCGGACGUGUACGCAUCGUACGCGGAACUUUUCGACCUGUCGGUACUCCCGAACGACGGCGAGGUCCCACUGAGCCCCCAGUCACAGCAGCAGCAGCACGCGUUCGGGGCCGGUCCAGCCCAAAGCCCGGAGUACAUACCGGCGACGAUCUUUCACGACGUGCCGACCGGUGGCAUGCAGCCGAUGAAACAGGAGCACCCGUCGACGGCCUGGUCGGACAGUUGGAGCAGCAGCGGUUACAGUAGUUGCGGUAGCGUCAUCAGCAGCAAUCCCGCCUCACCCGAAUCGACCGCUUCGUCCUACGGGCUACUGGACCAUCCGCACCAGCAAACGCUGCACAGUGCCCGCACCCUGUCACCGUACGGCGGCACCGGGCUGUUGGAUCAUCCCAUCAAAACUGAGUACGAUUCGGGCGCGGAAACAAGCAUCGAUCUUGAGUCGCUGCUCGGUGACUCAUCGCCGUACCAUCAGUCGCAAGCACCGUCACCGGCAUUCGUGAAGGUGGAACCGAAUUACGGUGGACAGCUUGAGCAGCAGCAGCCCGACAUCAAACCGCAAGGUGGAUUUCAGAUACUGCGGGAACAUCUGCAGGACACCAGCUUCCAGCGACGUCAUAAUUUGAAACCUUUAGAGCUGGAUUCGCUGAUCGGAGGGCUGACGACCCAUGUCGACAUCGGGCCGGUGUUUGAGUUUGCACUGCAGGAGAUGAAGAACGGUGUGCAGGCGACCUGUACCGAGCUGGGCAUCUCCUCCGAUCCCAAGCAAUGGACAACGGCCAAGGUUCAUCAGUGGUUGGAGCUAGCAAUGGGCAAAUAUUUCCUACCCCGGCUAGACAACCUGCCGGCCCUGUUCCCGGAAAAUGGAGCCCAACUCGCAGCACUUCCGCUGGAAGAGUUUGUGCGCCGCAUACCGCAGGGUGGUGAUAAGCUGCACGGCUAUCUGGAGCUUUGGAAGCAGAUCCACCGUCUGAUGGUGGGCGAUAAUACUACCGUUGACAGUAUGGUCACCGAAAGUCUUACCAGCGGCGGUGUCAUCUCAGCGAUGGGAUGUACUAAUAGCAGCUUUACUGGUGGAUUGCCGAACGACAGUAUGCUUGGCGGCGUGAUGUUGCCCAGCAGUGUUGGUAGCGGUGGCAGUAGUGUUACACCCGGCCCAAGCACAAGCCCCCCGAUGGUGGAGAACUUUGACAGCGACUCCAUGAACGGUGACGUCAGUGAUGAUGACGACGAAGAUAUGCCGCUGGAAAGCCCCGGUAGCUCAUCCUCAGCUGGAGGUGGUCCUUCCACAAACACGUCCACCACCGCCACGACCGCCACCGGUGGUCCAACGCCGAAAGCACGUCACGGAGGCUCCCACAUUCAUCUGUGGCAGUUUCUGAAGGAACUGCUGGCCUGUCCGGAGCAACAUCAGAACGCGAUCCGCUGGAUCGAUCGGUCCAAGGGUGUGUUUAAGAUUGAGGAUUCUGUGCGCGUUGCACGAUUGUGGGGCCGUCGGAAGAACCGACCCGCGAUGAACUACGACAAACUGUCACGCUCGAUACGGCAGUACUACAAGAAGGGCAUCAUGCAGAAAACCGAACGUUCCCAGCGACUCGUCUAUCAGUUCUGCAGUCCUUAUGCUUUGUAA